UUAAAAUCUACAUGUCUUCCUGAAUGACAUUUGGCAUAGCAAAAACAACUUCAAAGACUAUGCUUGCUCUUCUACUAGUCUCGUUUACUCUCCUUUCCUGUAUUCAAGCAAAUGUAUUUUAUGGUUGCGAAGCUGCUUUAAGAGUUAACCGUCGUUCAGGAAAUUACCAAAUUCGAGGGAAAAAGGACGGUGGAAUUGCAGAAGCUAAAUGUAGGGUUGAAAAAUCAAACAUAGUAACGGAAAUCUAUCCUAAAGCAAUUCCGAAUACUUUUGUUUCUGGAUAUCAGGAUGCAUUCUCGUAUGAAUUUAAGGUAGAUUACGGAAAUUUCACCAACAGCGAUAUGACGGAUUUUCUGAAAUCAGUUAAUUACAAUUGCUAUCAAAAAUUCAAUUACACAGAAGCGAAUAGUUAUUGGGCUAACAAUAAAUUUAAAUUUUGGGAUAAUUCAAUUUUUUUGCUGAACGAUGCGAUCUCAGAUGGAAUAUGCCAAUGUGUAAUUAGUGACGUUUGCGAAAAGUCUGGAAGUUCACUUUCUAGCUGUAAAUCAUUAUCUCCUUACACCGACACAGCAGAAUAUACUGAUUUUGGUAAAUUUGCUGUUAAAAAGGAAAAGCUACCAUUAAAAAAAGUAUAUUUUGGCGAUACAGAUAGUAAAGCAGAAUAUAUAUACUAUACUGUUCAUAACCUCGUUUGCUCUACAACCUCACAACCAAAAGUGAAUACAUUAUAUCCUCAAUCAUGUCUAUUAAAAGUUGAAGACAAACUUUUUGACUUUAAUAACAAUACAUGCUUUGACAUUGUUAACAAUCUAACAGUAAUAAGCUUUGAAUUCCUUAUGGAAGUACAGGAAAUAUUAAUAACGAUAGAAAAUGGUGAAUGUUCUGAUAUAACUGUAUUUCUUGAGAAGACACUAACAAGUCAAUCUUAUAUAAAGCCCUGUAGAUAUUUUGUUAAAACUUCAGCUUCAACUUUAACCUUAAUAGUUGAAAAAGUAGGUCUUCAGUUAUGCGAAAUGGAAUACAUAUAUAAAUGAGAUUUUCUGAUAGUAUUAACUAACUUCAUAUUUGAUUAUUUGUAAUUUAUAUCUGGUUAAGCUAACUGAAUAAAAUAGAUUUGAUAUUUAUUUCUUAUAA